CGAAGAUGCAAAGUAAAAGAAACAAUUCAGAUAGAGGUAGAGGUGGCAUGUUCAUGCUUCAAACGAAAACAACUACCACACUCUCAGUCAAUCUCUAAAACCUCGAUUCCAAGCUGUUGAAUAGCUACAUUGGAGUACAAUUGAAGUUUUUUGUUUUCUGUGAGAGCAUAGUCAAUGGGUUUAGUGAGAGAAGAAAAGGACGGUCGUUUUUGCAGUUUCAGUGAGAGAGGGUCGAUGCAAAUGAGAAGGGAAGAGCGAUUCGACUUCAGUUUUACAUUUACUAUGGGAGAUUCUUAUCUGGGUUAAAACAUGGAAUCAUGAGGUAGAAGAACAAGACACAGCCGUGAGUGAAAAAUAAUCAUUGGAUUGCAGUUUGCAUCAAGGAUGGGAAAGUCAUGCUUACCAAAAUGCAGAUUGGGGAGAAUAUUGAGUUGGCUUCAAAUCCUGUUAGGGGGUCUUGUUAUGAUUGUAAGCAUAGCAAACCUUUUCAAGUUGUAUUCAUCUGGAUUUUUCUUGCAUAAUGAAGUCGUAUGUCGACCCUAUUAUGGUGCCAAAGAUCUCUAUGAGGGGUUUGAUCUGAGAGCAUUGAACGAUCGAGUUGGGGAAGUACUGAACAGGAUGGACAGCUUGCAGGAAAAGCUUGAGCGAACAGUGCAAGAAAUGGAAAAGAACAAAGACGGCUUGGUUAAAACCAAUAUUACGAGACUGGAACAUAAGAAAUUUUUAGAGGAGGAGGUGAUUAGGCCUCUUUAUAAUGCUCAUAUUGCUCUUCGACAGAUUCGAUUACCUAUGGCUGAAGGAAUUAGAAACAGUACAAUGAAAGAGGAACCCUUGAUCAAUACUUUCAUUAGAGAAGAGAUACGGAAGUAUAUUACUCCCAAAGAGAACAGACUUGGGAAGAUUAAUAUUUAUGGGAAAGAGAGGGUAUAUAACACAAUUGGACAUGCUUGUGUUUUGAUGAAGAAAGAAUUGGAAGAGUAUAUGGACUAUGAUAUUGGAUCUUACUGUAAAGAUGAUUGGAACCUUGCUCAGAAGCUCAUGGUUAAUGGUUGUGAUCCAUUGCCUCGAAGGCGGUGCUUGACCAGGGCCUCAAAAGUGUACCAGAAGCCUUACCCCAUCAAUGAGUCCUUGUGGAAAAUUCCUGAUGAUAGAAAUGUGCGAUGGGGCAAUUAUCAGUGCAGAAACUUUACAUGCCUAUCGAGCAAGAAUCCAAAGCGAGGAUUUUCAAAGUGCAUCAAUUGCUUUGAGAUGGAGUUGGAGAAGCUUAAAUGGGUAACGAAUACAUCCAAUAGUUCACUUCCUGUGGAUUUUUGGAUAAGUGAUGUUCUGGCUAUUAAGCCCGGGGAGAUUAGAAUUGGUUUAGACUUUGGCAUUGGAACUGGAAGUUUUGCUGCAAGAAUGAGAGAAAAAAAUGUUACUAUCAUCUCAACUGCUCUGAAUCUUGGAGCGCCAUUCAAUGAAAUGAUUGCACUGAGAGGCUUGGUUCCAUUGUAUGUAACAUUGAAUCAGCGCCUUCCCUUUUUUGACAACACAAUGGACAUAAUUCACACUUCUGGGUUUAUGGAUGGCUGGAUUGACCUGCAGUUGUUAGAUUUUAUCCUCUAUGAUUGGGAUCGAAUACUAAGGCCGGGAGGAUUGCUGUGGAUCGAUCGGUUCUUUUGUGACAGGAAAGAUUUGGAUGACUUCAUGUACAUGUUUCUGCAGUUCAGGUACAAGAAACACAAGUGGGUUAUUGCUCCUAAAUCCAAGGAUGAGGUCUAUUUCUCUGCAUUGCUUGAGAAACCUCAAAGAGCUAUCUGAGUAAGGUUUUAUUUACUAUUCUCUUACCAUGUCCUAUUGUCCUUACAUUAACAAACGCUCUUGAAAAACUGUGAUAUCUAUUGUACAAGUGAAACCGGAAAGUUUUUUUUUCCCUCGCCUUA